UUCUCCUUUGUACAGCAACGUUUUACAGUGAAUACACUUUAACUGCUGUUCAAGGAAAUUUUAAAACAUUUUGUUAAACUUAAAACGGUUACAAGUGAACAAGUAUAACAAAAACUGGGAAAGAUCUUCUGAAUAUAAACGCAUUCAAAAAUUCAGAAGAUUUAGUUAACUGUGAAUCCCAGUAAUAGCCAGCAGUUCGAAGAUAAAUAAAGUGAAGCUUCAAGACAGAGAUCUUGCUCCUUAUGACGGAUAAAUAGAGGAGUUCGUAGCCUAGCCGAUAAGCGCAGCGAGAGAAAGGACGGUUCCGGCAUUUAGCGUCGACAGAAACAAUCGGCCACGGUGCCGUUUCUUGUGGCUCGCCUGAUAUUUACCACUGUCAUUGCCCGGCUAAAUAAACUUAUAAAUCAUGUAUUCUAAACUCUCGAUAUUGUGAAGGUCUCUACAUCUCUUAAGUACACGUUACUGAAAGAAAUGGAAACCUUUCCCGAUUCGUCGUCCAUUAGCUUUGUUUCCAUGGUAAUAGAUAUCACUAAAACUGAGUGAAUCAUCUCAAGAUGAAGCUCAACUGGUGCAAAGGGUUUGACGGUGCUCUAGGAUUGUGUCUGUUCUUACUGUUACUUGCAGAUUGUGCUUGCGCAAAAGCCAACUACCGCCAUAUUGAAAAACGGAUCCUGGAUAGCAUUAUUGGACCUGGCCGCUACGACAGUCGGAUACGCCCCCACGGAAUCAACAAUACAGGUUAUGGUCCGGCCAUUGUGAACGUUAACAUCUAUAUAAGAAGUAUCAGCAAAAUUGAUGACGUCACUAUGGAAUACAGUGUGCAGCUAACUUUCAGGGAACAGUGGCGAGACGAAAGGUUACAAUUUAACGACAUGGAUGGUCAGAUGGCCUAUUUAACCCUAACUGAUCCGAAUAAAAUCUGGAAACCGGAUCUCUUCUUUUCCAAUGAAAAAGAAGGACAUUUUCAUGACAUAAUCAUGCCUAAUGUUUUGCUUCGAAUUUAUCCUAAUGGGGAAGUACUUUACAGCAUAAGAAUUUCGCUGGUUUUAGCGUGUCCUAUGGACCUAAAGUAUUAUCCCCUGGACAAACAGACCUGUUCUAUCAUUAUGGCCAGUUAUGGCUACACAACAGACGACUUGGUAUUUCUGUGGAAAGUUGACGAUCCAGUACAGGUUACCAAAAACCUCCAUCUUCCACGUUUUACGUUGGAAAAAUACAACACUGAAUACUGCACCAGUAAAACAAACACGGGUGAAUACAGUUGUAUCCGAGUGGACUUGAUCUUCAAGAGAGAAUUUAGCUACUACCUGAUCCAGAUCUACAUCCCCUGUUGCAUGUUGGUCAUUGUCUCUUGGGUAUCCUUUUGGCUGGACCAAAACGCUAUCCCUGCACGUGUUUCGCUAGGAGUAACCACACUCCUUACGAUGGCAACUCAAACUUCCGGUAUCAACGCGUCACUUCCACCCGUGUCCUACACCAAGGCCAUCGACGUUUGGACAGGUGUAUGCUUGACCUUCGUUUUCGGUGCACUACUGGAAUUUGCCCUGGUCAACUAUGCCUCACGAACGCACAUGCAUAAACAGGCAGCUAAGCAACAGCGGAAAUGGGACAUCGAGCACUCUAGUUUGGACACUGACCACAUAGAGGAUGGCACUAAUACGUUCGCCAUGAAGCCCCUCGUCCACCAUCGUGGAGACAUCCAUUCUGAUAAAAUUCACCAGUGUGAAAUUCACAUUAAGCCCCAGAAGAGCAUCAACCCUUGCAAGGCCUGGCUCAACAAGUUUCCAUCCCGAUCCAAGCGAAUUGACGUCAUGUCUAGGAUCCUGUUUCCUCUUAUGUUCGCCCUCUUCAACCUCGUCUAUUGGAUAACCUAUCUUUUCCGGAAUGAAGACGUGUGAUCCUCUGGAACUAUCGUCUGAUACGUGAUAUCUCGGGGUUUGUUACGUAACAGUUUAAAUGAGUUGGAAAUGUAGGUUCUUAGGCUUGUUCGUGAUGACUUGGAAAUGUAGGUUGGUAGGCUUAUUCAUGAAGAUGGAGCAAGCUGCUGAGAAGAAAUUCAAAUACUUUUAUUUCUUCUCCGAUAUGUUCUCAAAUAAGUAGUCUGAAUUACGCAUUAUAUUCAAAAUCCGAUAUUAUUCGUAAAAUAUUGUGAUCUGUGGCUAUUUGUAAACUCUUGUGAUCUGUGACUACGGUUGUAGCGCAGCCAAAUGUAAACAGCACAGUUUCCAUCUUCUGGUUGAGAUUCUACCAAGACAUUUCCUGGAGCAUCAACUUCACUGAGAUAAUGCAGAACUGUGGGAUCACAUCCAAAGAACAUGUGGUUAUCAUGAUUUUGCUCAGUAGUAUGGAUAUGGGACUUUGUCAGAAGUAAUGUAAUAUAUAUAUGUGUGUAUAUGCAGCGCGUUUGUUGGAGAAAGAUAGCAAUAACGAAUUAGAUCACGAAAUCUGACGUAAGCACACUGAUGAUCUUUAUAUCCCUAGCGUACGUUAAGUUACACUUAAUUUUAACCAUACAUAGUUAAUUACAAUUUUACAUAUAUCAGUGAUGUGUUUUUUUCAAGUAAAAUAACUAAAAAUUAAACAAAUUAUAUUUCAAAGAAAAUUCUAACAUUUGUGUAAGUACGUAUACAGGCGUUUUAUGUUCUUUUGGAACGUUCUUGGUUGUUUGAUUACGCUGACUGCAAAUAAUAAUCAAACACUCUGUGGACUGUGUAUACCGGCAAAGUGCUAUCUAUCAUAUAGAG